CCAUCUUCCCUUUGUAAUAAUCAAAUAUAAACCAGAAUUGUUGCUUAGUUCCACACAUUUAUAUACCUUAUUAGUUAUCGCAAUUUCUUAACUAAACAUACCCAUGAAACCAAAUUCUUUCAGAGUUCAGUUACAAGCUACAUAUCCUUGAAAACUAUUAAUUCUUGUUCUCACAUAAGAAAAGAAAGAGUCAAUUUCCAAGAACAUGAGGGCGGGAAUUUGCAGUGUGCAGCAGUCUCUUACUGCUGAGGCUGCAAGUAUAACGAAACAAGCUGUUAGCCUGGCCAGGCGGCGAGGCCAUGCACAAGUCACUCCUCUCCAUGUCGCAAGUGCUAUGCUUGCUUCCCCAAAUGGCCAACUUAGAAGGGCAUGCCUUUACUGCCACUCCCAUCCUCUCCAGUGCAAGGCCCUAGAGCUUUGCUUCAAUGUGGCUCUAAAUCGCCUCCCUGCGUCCACUUCUAGUGCCCUAUUAGGGCCUCACUCCUCUUAUCCUUCUCUGUCCAAUGCCUUGGUUGCUGCCUUUAAGCGUGCUCAGGCUCACCAACGGCGAGGCUCCAUUGAAAACCAGCAACAACCCAUUUUAGCUAUGAAGAUUGAGAUACAGCAGCUGAUAAUCUCUGUUCUUGAUGAUCCUAGUGUUAGUAGAGUCAUGAGGGAAGCUGGUUUCUCGAGUACCCAAGUUAAGAACAAAGUAGAACAGGCUGUUUCUGUGGAGAUCUGUUCUCAAAGUACUACUCCUACAAGUUGCCCGUCUAAAGAAAUCACCAAACCUCAAGUUUUUAGUACUAACAAUGUGUCUCAAUCUCUAACUUUUAGUCACUUUGGAGCCACAAUAAGCAAGCCAUUAGAUCAAGUUAGUAAUAAUGAUGAUGUUAUGACUGUUCUGAACACAUUAGCAGACAAAAAGAGAAACACAGUUAUUAUAGGAGAGUGUCCAUCUAGUACUGAGAAUGUUGUUAAAGGAGUCAUGGACAAGAUUGAGAGAGGUCUUACUCCUGUGGAGUUGAGGUCUAUGAGGUUCAUAAGUUUUCCUCUAAUCUCUUUGAGAUAUCUUCCAAAAGAGGAGGUUGAGCAGAAGCUUGUGGAGCUUAGGUGCACUGUGAAAAGCUAUAUCAGUAGAGGGGUAGUUUUAUAUUUGGGUGAUCUCAAAUGGGUUUCUGAUUUUUGGUCAAACUAUGGUGAUCAGCAAAGGAGAAACUACUGCUGCUCUGUGAAUCACAUGGUCAUGGAGAUUAGAAGAUUAGUUCGUGGAAUUGGCGAAACUGGAAGAUUAUGGCUAUUGGGAAUUGCUACUUUCCAAACUUACAUGAAGUGUAAAGCGGGCCGCCCUUCUCUUGAGACUAUUUGGGAACUAUAUCCUCUCAUUAUUCCAGUGGGAAGCUUAAGCCUAAGUCUCAAUCUUGACAUCGAUUUGCAAUCGUCGUCCAGAAGCAAGGCAUCAGCCUAUGGAUAUAGUUGGCCACUACUUGAAUCUGCAGUGGAUAACCAGUUAACUUGCUGCACAGAUUGCUCUAUCCAUUUCAAUAGAGAAGAUCCCAGUGAUCUGAACAAAGAGUUUACUACCAACCUUACAGUUUCCACUAGCCCAAGCUUGCCCUCAUGGCUCCACCAGCACGAGGAAGAGACCAGGAUAAUCACCAUUGAUGAUAAGGAAUGUACUGAUACAAGUAAUCUCAGCAAGAAAUGGAACUCAUUUUGUAGUUCAGUUCACAAAGAGCCUUACUAUUCUCAGAAAACCAUAAAAUUUGCUUCAUCUCCUGGUUCACCCAUCUCAAUAUCUUCCCAAGAGUGCAACAACAACUUAAAUCAAUCACAUUUAAGCUGGCCAGACAUUUUCAAGCCAAGGAAGUUUCCACGAGAGCAGAAGAUUUGGAUGCCUGAAUGUAUCAAUGAAUGCCCUGAAAGCAAUUUGAUUACUGUUCCCAAACCAGAACUUUUAUCAAACCCUAAUUCUAGCCCAAAUUCAGCUUCUUCAAGUGAGGCGAUGGAUGAUGCAGAAGGCCCGCAAAGCUUCAAGGAGUUCAAUGAUCAAAACAUGAAGAUUCUAUGUAAUAGCUUGGAGAAAAAAGUUCCCUGGCAAAAAGAUGUUAUUCCUGAAAUUGUAAAGACCAUACUGGAAUGCAGAUCUGGAAUGAGCAAGAGAAAAUGCAAGUCGAAUCACCAAGAAGGAAGGGAAGAAACUUGGCUCUUUUUCUUAGGUGUUGAUUCUGAAGGAAAGGAGAAAAUUGCAAGGGAGUUAGCCAGAUUAGUUUUUGGCUCUCAAGCGAACUACGCAUCAAUUGGUCUAAGCAAUUUCUCAUCAACCAGAGCUGAUCCAACUGGGGAAUUCAAGAACAAGAGAGCAAGAGAUGAAUUGAGCAGCAGCUAUCAUGACAGAUUUGGCCUGGCCUUGAAUGAGAAUCCACACCGUGUGUUCUUCAUGGAAGAUUUGGAGCAAGUUGAUUACAGUUCUCAAAUGGCUAUCAAGCAAGCAAUUGAAAGGGGAAGAGUACCAAUUCCUGGUGGUGAAAAUGUUCCUCUGAAAGAUGCCAUUAUCAUUUUCAGCUGUGAAAGUUUCAGCUUGGUGUCAAGAGCUUGUUCUCCUCUAAAAAGGCUAAAAACUGGUGAAAAGGAAGCUAACAAGGAUGAACAAGAUGAAUUAGAAGAGAAAACUCCCGUUGUCUCACUUGACUUGAAUAUUGCCAUUGAAGUUGACGAUGAUGGGGAUCAAUAUUCAAAUAUUGCUGAAAGUGGAAUCCUGCAAACUGUGGAUAGGCAAAUUAUUUUCAAAAUCCAAGAAUGGUGAUAGUGUAGGAGGGGGUAUAUUUGAUAGAUAUUUAGUAAUGGGCAAUUUUUUAUCUUUUUUUUUUCUUCUUUUAAAUUUUUUGGUAUAUUUCUUUUAAUUUGGUGCGGGGGUGGGGGGGAGGACUUCACAGGAUUUAGAAACGAACCUUUUGUUGUACAUUGUUUCUAAUGUUUGUUUACUUUUGGCUGUUACGUAUAAAAGAUUAAUGCACUUCUAA